AUGACAGUUACCUUACAUCUGAGAGCAGAGACUAAACCACAGGAGGCCCGUGCAGCAUUAACUCCUACAACUGUCAAACAGUUGAUUUCCAAAGGAUUUAAAAUUUAUGUAGAGGAAAGUCCUCAGUCAACGUUUAGCAGCGAUGAGUACAAAAAGGCCGGUGCAAUAAUCGUGCCCUUUGGCUCCUGGGUCGAUGCACCCCAUGAUAGAAUUAUUAUUGGCUUGAAGGAAAUGCCAGAGGAAGACACGUUUCCUCUAACUCACGAACACAUCCAAUUUGCACACUGCUACAAAGACCAGGCCGGAUGGCAGGAUGUUUUGAAAAGAUUCAUCAACGGUAGAGGUGUGUUGUACGAUCUGGAGUUCUUAGAAAACGACAAAGGGAGAAGGGUUGCUGCUUUUGGAUUUUAUGCGGGCUUCGCAGGUGCCGCCUUGGGGUUAAGAGACUGGGCUUUCAAACAGACUCACUCAGAUGAUGAGGAUCUACCGGCCGUGUCACCAUAUCCAAAUGAGAACGCCUUGAUCAAGGACGUUGCUCGUGAAUAUCAAGCGGCUUUGAAAAAGGGAGCUAAAAAGCCAACGGUGCUGGUUAUUGGUGCAUUGGGAAGAUGUGGAUCUGGUGCCAUUGAUCUUUUACGCAAAGUUGGUGUUCCAGACAAAAAUAUUUUAAAAUGGGAUAUGAAGGAAACCUCUCGCGGUGGUCCUUUCAAAGAGAUUGCACAAGCAGAUAUUUUCAUCAAUUGUAUAUAUUUGUCCAAGCCAAUUGCUCCAUUCAUCAACUACGAUCUAUUAAAUAGACCAGAAAGAAGACUAAGAACUGUCGUUGAUGUUUCUGCUGAUACAACAAACCCACAUAACCCAGUCCCUAUUUACAAGAUAGCGACGGUAUUCAGUAAACCAACCGUUCUUGUCCCAACUACUGUCGGUCCUAAACUAUCUGUGAUAUCCAUUGAUCAUUUGCCAUCGCUAUUGCCACGUGAAUCUUCCGAAUUUUUUGCUCACGACAUGCUACCUUCGUUGGAGCAACUUCCACAAAGACAGCAGGCUCCUGUCUGGUCCAGAGCUAGAAAUUUGUUCAACAAACAUUGUAAUCGUGUUACUAGAUCCUCAAAGCUGUAG